AUGGCGGGCGCGCUGGUGCGGAAGGCGGCCGACUACGUCCGCAGCAAGGACUUCCGGGACUACCUCAUGAGCACACACUUCUGGGGGCCAGUAGCCAACUGGGGUCUCCCCAUCGCUGCCAUCAAUGACAUGAAGAAGUCUCCGGAGAUCAUCAGCGGCCGGAUGACGUUUGCGCUCUGCUGUUACUCUCUGACGUUCAUGAGAUUCGCCUACAAGGUCCAGCCUCGAAACUGGCUCCUGUUUGCUUGCCAUGCGACCAACGAGGUGGCCCAGCUCAUCCAGGGAAGCCGGCUCAUCAGAUACGAGCUGAGUAAAAAGGCAGCUGCAUAG